AUGCGCGCCCAUUGCUUGAUCACUUUGACACUUAGUGGUCUUGCGGCUGCCGGAUGGAAGCCAGCCAUCCCGGCUGCGCCGACGGGUCAUGAAUGGCAGGCUGCCAGCCCAGGAGACAGUCGUUCGCCUUGUCCGAUGCUUAAUUCCAUGGCCAACCAUGGAUGGCUUCCACAUAACGGCAAGAACAUUGACCUGCCUACCAUCCAAUCCGCCUUCGAAAAUGCCAUGGGUUUCGCGCCGGAGGUCUUCGUCGGCAUCACUCAGUCUUCGCUCGCAGUGUCGACGACGGGCAACAGCUCGACGUUCAACCUCCAAGACCUCGCAUUCCACAAUGCCAUUGAACACGACGGUUCGUUAUCGAGAAACGAUAUCUUCUUUGGUGACAAUCUUCACUUCAACCCGUUGAUCUGGGCUGCCACUGCAGCGAGAUAUGGCAUUCGCAUCCCGUUUGCUUCGUCAGUUAUCACUGUUGAGAUUGCGGCAAGAGCACGUGCCGCAAGGGUGAGGGAUGCAAAGCUGGUCAACCCCAAGUUCAACUUGACCGAUGCGGGCAGUUCAGGUAGUAUUGGAGAGACCAGUGUAUUGUUGACUGCGUUUUGGGACCCGAACCAAGGCGGUGUGCCGAAGGAUUAUGUGCGGGUGCUUUUCGAAGAGGAGCGGAUACCAUAUGCCGAAGGCUUCACGCGGCCACAGACGGAACACACGUUGACGGACCUGGUGGCCAUGAUUACUGCGGUCUCAGCAGUCCGAGUUUGA